UAGACAUAGACUAUUUCACAUCUAUCACUUGUCACUGUAGCAACUAGUAUAACGACCAAAUGAAAACUAAUAACGAAUUCACUUUUUUCACUGCUUUAUCAAAGAUUUCACUCAAAUUUUGUGAUAUUGACAGUAUUUUUGGUAAAGCAAUUGAUUAUUAUUUGUGUAUGAAUCAAGGCAGGAAGUCUUACCUUGAAGAGUGUAGUUUACUCUGCUGAAUAAAUUUAAAGCAUGAACGGUCAUGAUAGUGGCUAGUGCUUUCACUUCAAGUAUUUAAUUCAUACGAUAAAAUACAAAUUUCAAAAACUGGAUUUUGUGUUUGACUCAAUAUCUAUAACUGAGGACAGGAUUUUACUGUCAAAGUUUCUGUGAUGAAAACUGCAAUUUUUCAUCGCAUAAAUCCUAAGUAAUUGAGGAAUUUAUUGUGCAAAUAUUAGGGUUAGAUUGCUCAGUGUUUAUAACUGUUUUGGUUCCACAGAUUUUUCCAGCAAAUUCUAUAAUACAAACAAAAUACCUUCGCACAUUUCCAGCUGUGAUGGCAGAUAUUUUGACAGUGUUUACCAGGUCCGAUGAUCCUUUUUUACAUCACUGCUGAAGAUCGCGAGUUUUUGAAGAACAUUCAUUACAAAAUUCAUUUGGUAAACUCCGCGAUAGCGUAGUUGAAACGCAGGAUUCGUUGGCGGUUUGGCGUCUACCGUCAUGCUGUAUGGCGCUAUUGUUUCGUUUCAAUUUAACUCCAUUCCUGCUGCGUCAUAAACAUCACUAAACACAGUUCGAAAGAUGUCUGUCGUGAAAUACCGUGAUGUUGAACGCAGUUAAAGAUUAUUUAACACCCAAGACAUUCAGUAUCCCAGCAUACGUAUGUUUGAUUGCUCAACUUCUUUGUGGCCUGGUAGUUACGAGCAUUGUUGUUGCUUUGAGAGUCGGAGAGUUUGCAAAAUUUAACUGCGCUGUCGGCCCUGAAAGUGCAGCCCCUUACAAGCCCACUGAGAAAACAUGUUAUUCAAGAUAUGAAGAGAAGUAUAACUCUCCACUGCCAUUUUAUGCCUUUGUCAUACUGAGUAAUUGGUUUCCUAUUUUUGUUGGUGUUAUUUAUUCACUCUCAGUUCGUAAUCGCGUUGAAGAAAUCUGUGGCUCGAAUGACGAACCACAAAAUGACGCCGAAGCAGGAAACGAAGUACACAACAGAAGAUCAUUUUAUGUGUUUUAUUCCUAUGUCCUCCAUCUUGUCAUCCGUUUGUUAUUCGGGCUAGUGUUUACCAUCCUGCAGUAUGCUGUGUUUUUCCGCAGUGGUUUCGAUUUUGAAUUCAGUUGUGAUGAACCAGCAUCAGAUGUGACGUCGAAGAUAGCAAAGAAUGGAAGUGUCAGUCAGUUGAAUAGUACAACGUCAACAAUAACAUGCGAGAAUUCUACUGCAUCGGAGAAGAACUUAUGGGCAGGGAUUGUAUGUGCGUUGAACACGAUUUUUGCUGCGAUAAUAUUCGUGGAAGUGAUUCAUCUUUCCAUCCGAUUUUUCUCUGGAGUUGGUUUUGUUGAUGACACAAAAUUUACCACUGAUUAUUUCUCUCAUAAGCGAUACGCACAUGUCGACCCUAAUCCUGACCUUGACCUUGACCUUGACCUUGCACUUAACCUAGACCCUAACCGUAACCCUGUCCCUGACCCUGAAACCAGCCCUGGCCCUAACCUGGAUCGUAACCCUGUCCCUGACAGUGAAACCAGCCCUGGCCCUAACCUGGAUCGUAACCCUGUCCCUGACAGUGAAACCAGCCCUGGCCCUAACCUGGACCGAAACCCUGUCCCUGACCCUGAUCGUAACUUGGAAUGCAUAAAUUCGUACAAAGAAAAAGUCUUGGCACAGUCUCUCUCAUCUGACAUAACUUAUGGACCGAAGACUGGUUUAGAUGAUUUGUUUAUUGACGUUGUUAUUCACACUGAACGAGCUCGUCACAACUUUCCGACCAAAAUGGAUAGACAUGAAAUAUUUGAUGUCUACAUGAAAGUUCCCGAUGAUUCUAUACGUUUGGAAAAGGUAAAAGAUUUAUUUUAUCCCAACGAGGAUACUGAAGGGAAACGUCCUCGGAAAAUUCUAGCGGUUGGCCGGCCUGGAAUAGGAAAGACUGUCUUGACGGAAAAAAUCAUGCGCGAUUGGGCGAAACAAAUUGAUGAAUUUUAUUCCGGUAUGAUUGCCUUCCAUUUUAAAUUUAGAUUGUUUAAUCGACCUGAGUGGCACCACGAUAAUCUUAAGAAUUUCCUUCGUUUUGGCACGGCGUGCGAUGAAGAAUUUGAAAGAAUUUUUGAUUACAUAACUAAAGAACCAGAAAAAGCUCUUCUUAUUUUUGAUGGUUUGGACGAGUUUGAUGGCAACAUCAAAGACUGCUUAGACCAAGCAGCGCGUCAAAACAACCCUGAUAUAUGUAUGCCUGCCAUUUCGUUGUUUAUUAAAUUGAUUUCUGGCCACUUUCUGCCUGGGGCAACGAUUCUGGUUACAACUAGACCAACCGCAUCUGAUUACUCGAAAUUUAGAUGCGAUAGAAAUGUGGAGAUUAUUGGUUUCACCUCGGAGAAAAUUGAGCAUUACGUGAUCAAAUUUUGUGAAAAUCAUAAUAGAAGUGACCUGAAACCAGAGAUGUGGAACCACAUAAAUUCCUCAUCGGACUUGUUAAAUUUAUGUUACAUCCCAGUGAAUUCCUUCAUAGUUUCCACCGUACUGUUUAAAUAUUUCACUGAUCGUAGUAACGAGACCGCUGUUCUUCCAACAACACUGACUGAACUAUAUCAGGCCGCCAUAAAGCAUUUUGAUAAGGAUCACUACAGGAAGACAGACGGACCGUCUUCUAAAAUGGUAGUCAAGAAUCUUCAAUCCUUAGCAUACGAAGGUAUUCUACAUGGGCAACUGGUUUUCAAUGAAGAAUUAAUUGAUGAAGAAAUGAGAAGGUCUGGUUUAUUGAACAAGUUGUCCAACCCUAUUCACCCCGAAAUUCAAGAACAGUUUUGCUUCAUUCAUUUGACUGUACAAGAAUUUCUUGCUGCAAAACACGUGACUGAAACGCAAUCUCCAGAAGAAAUAAAGAAUUUUAUCUGUUCCAACGUUAAGGAUGGUAAAUGGCAUUUAGUGCUUCAAUUUAUUGCUGGAAUUUUGGGCCAGAAAAAAAAGACGUGUGGGAAAAAAUACCAGCGCUUCAAAGAUUGUGUUUUGGCGUUUGCAGAAAGUUUCAGAGUAGAUGAGGGUGAACUUGCUUUCGGUGCUGAUUAUGUUUCAUUGUUUGUGAUGAAAUGUUUUAGGGAAGCGGGUGAUGAAGAUAUUGUUAAAGAGGCUUGCGAAAGAACUGCUAUAAAUGUUGGACGUCUAUCCUACGACCCUCGGCAUGAUGACAAUCAUUUCCUUUCCUCAAGUGAGUGGGCCGCUGUCAUUUUCGUUUGUAAAUGCAUCAAGGAAUUGAAAGUUAUAGAGAUAGUGGCGCCCGAUUGGAGUGAGGAAUGUUACAGGGAAUUUUGUGUAUUGCUACAACAAAGAUGUAUAAAAGAAUUGGUGUUGGUGCGACCUAGUAUGCUUAUGGGAGAUAGAAUUUUCUCUUACUUUAUUUCCCUUUUUCCAGGAGGACUUCUCUUCAAGGCUCUUAAAAACUUGAAGUGUACAUUGGACCACGAGCACAGCAAGCUUACUAAAUUAAAUGUUCGCGGACUUUUCACAGAGGGUGAAAAUUUGUCGAUGAUAGUGGAAUUUUUUGAACACGGACAUGCAAGUUGCCUUAAAACAUUUGGCCUAGGAAAAUGUCGCUUAACUUUAAAAGAAAUAAGCGAAAUAUGCAAACUCCUCGUCAAAAAACUUUGUCCAGAACUUACAUAUCUUGAUCUUUUUGGUAAUUUCUUUCGUGACGAGGGUGUAAGAGUGUUAUGUAAAGCUCUUAUUGAAUGUUGUCAACUGAAGCUUACUGGACUGAAUCUUAAUUCGUGUUCCCUGACUGAUGAAUGCAUACCUUCGCUAUGUGAACUAUUUAAAGAUGAACAUUGCAAUUUGACAUUCUUGGAUAUAGGAUGGAAUAGUGGUAUAAGUGAUGAAGGUGUUCGUAUGUUGUGUGAAGAUGUUUUAAAAAAUGGACAUUGCAAGUUGGCUGAGUUGAACCUUGGUUCCUGUUCAUUAACAGAUCAAUGUAUACCCUGGUUAAGCAAGGCACUGCUAGAUAAACGCUGUGUAAUUAAUCGUUUAGGGAUAAGUCAAAAUAAUUUUACUGCGAAUGGAAAAAACUCUCUUCGUGAAUUAGAAGCAAAUCAAGAUUGUAAAGCAAGAGGUUUAGUAAUUUACUGCAGGGACCGUAAUGUCAUUUUUAGCAUCAACAUGUCGGGAACUGACUAA